UCUGGUUCUUCGUUGUAAGUAAGACUAGGAACCUUUAUCUCGCUGAAUCACCCCGGAACAAUUUAGAGGCGGCGCGCGGCUGCACACGCGGGUUCACUGUGUGCUGUGUUUUGGUGGAACGGCUCUUCAAAACCGCUGUCGCUACCAUUAGCUUGACCAUGUUGAAGUCCAAAACAUUUGUAAAAAAGACCCGUUCUGGCGGAGUGUUGAAAAUCGUACGGGAACAUUAUCUCCGAGAUGACAUCUGGUGUGGAAGUGAAGUUUGUAAGGAGUGCAAAGAUGAAGCUCCGGUGCUGCAAGAAGAAACUUGUAUAGAAAGCAACCUCUGCCCAUAUCCUCACUAUUUAAUCCCAGACACCAAUGUGGUUUUACAUCAGUUCAGAUGCAGAGUCUGGUGUUUUAAUCCAAAAAUCUACAAUGAAGGCUCAAUAAAGUUGACUGAACAUCAACUGAAGUUUGGAACAACAUGAGGAUCAGUGCUGAACGAUUUUUUAUUUUUUGCUUUGGAUGGAGUUUGUUAAGUAAUUAUUGUAUAUUGUUUUUUA